AUGUGGCGCAGACGGACGCACCAGUACUGCGUGCCCCUCUUAGAGGCCGCGUCCAACGCGGCGACCGCCGGCGCCGCGCUGGCGGCGGGCCUCGCGGCGGGUGGGCUGGCGGGCGGCAGCUGUCUCGGAUCGCAGGACCUGGGCCGCCCCAUGGCUCUGCCGCUGGUGUACGCACCCGCGCACAGGGGGGACAGUGUGCCGCCUUGGUCAGAUGUGGCGGCCAAGGACCGCGAGAUCGCGCAGCUCAAGGCACAGCUCAAGGCGGCCAGCGCCCCUGCCGUGGGCGAGGGAGCCAGCGAUGCUGAAGACCCCCAGGGACGGCUUGCAGAGAUUGCUUCGCUCCUCCGUGCCUUGGGCUCAAGCACCGACCCAGCCAUCAUGGGCGCGCGAGAGGCCCUGUCCAAAGAACGGGAGGCCAUCAAGCUGCGCAUCGUUGAGGCGAAGCCAUUCGCGGGCCAGCUCCACCACUAUACCACCCGCAUCGACGCGCUCGUGCAGGCGAAGGACAAGCGCCAGGCCGCGCUGCAGGACCUGCAGGAGCAGCGCAAGCGCCUGGAUGACAGGAUCACCGAGACAGAGGGCCAGAUCGCUGAGAUCACGGCCGAGGUGCAGGAGCUUGAGGCGCUGCGCUGGAAAGUCUCGGCCAAGGCACCUACGGCUGCACCUGGCGAGUGCUCCCUGCGCGCGCUCGUUCCCGCAGUCGACAUUUCGGUCGAGAAGAUGGGCGAGAUGCUCCAGGGCCUGGGCGCGGACGACCAGCUCGCGCAGUCGGUGGCCACGGUCUUCAGCCAGCUGCGCGCGCUCGCGGACAAGGCAGCUGCAGCAGGGCCAAACGGCAGCGCACGGGUCAAGCCUGAAGUUCAUGACACAACAAAUGUGGUGCUGGACAAAGCGGCUUUCGGCCUCGCCUACCUGGUAAAGUUCAUGUUAGUCUUCUGGUUGGUGAAGUUUUGGACGGACAUCAACCUCAUAUACGACAUCCUGCUGAAGAUAGGGUUCCACAGCGGGAGCAUCAUGGCGAUGACCAGCGACUCCCUGAGCUACAGAAUACAGCGCGCCAUCACGGGUUUCAUGGUGUAUGGACUGCGGCCGCACCCACGGGCCGAGGCGGCACUUGCGGAGGUGGGUUGUGCCAGGUUCCCACCCAGACGGCAAUGGGCACGCGUGAAGCAGCUAAUCGAUCAAGCUUCAGAGGGUGUGACCUUGGCCGCGGCGUGGGAUGGGGUUAUUGCUACGAUGGAGCAUGAGAUCCUCAACCGCAAUGACAUAAUGGACAUGACGCAACGGGGACUUUAUCACGGCCGAGCUGGUCCAGACCAAUGGGUAUGGAAGCGAGUGCAGGCAGUCGUACCACCGAGACCGAAGCGGUUGAGUGCCUACCAGCAGUAUGGCAAAUGGUGUCGGCAUCUACGCUCCACAUACACACGAAUGCACACGGCCCUCCAGCGCAUAAUGGAUGAAGCAGAUGCGAACCGUUUUCCCGCAAGACUAUUGCCAGACAUUUACGGCCAGCACGGACACUAUGUCAACAGCCUGGGCAGUCUUGACCAAGGUCUGGCCAAGGAGCAGCGGUUGUUCGCGCAACUCAGUCGGGACCUUCAGGGUUUCUUCGCGCGAGUUGUACGCACUGACUGGGUUGGGCCGCUGCUUGAUUAUGAAGAUCGACUCCAGCUCCACAGUCUGCGCGACAGGUUUUAUGAGCCUGACUUCCUAGACAGGAUAGACCAAGCCCUGGACAAGGUGAAUCGCGUUACGGAGGCCAUACGCAAGUUUGCUGGCAUCGAAUGGGCGCAGUGGGCCAAGCAGGCAUUUCAAAAUGGGGCUGGCAAAGCGCACAGGUACACCAGGGUGCGCGAGCUACAAGAGACGUUGCAGUAUGCCGAGAAGGACCGUGGCCAACCGCACCACAUGGCAGAUGAAUGCUUGGAAUUCUGGAAGGGUGUCUGGACCAUUCAUGAUGACACAGCGGUCGCCACGCCGGCAGGAGGGGCAAGUUGGCUGCGCUGCAACGGGGACGAGCCCAGGUUUAUACUCUGUGGCGCACGGGCCUGCUGCCCGCUGCUGCGCAUGGAGCUGGAGCUAGCGGGGUGGACGUCCAUAGACGACGCGCUGGCCGAGGCUGGCAUGCUGCCCAUGAGCGAGUGGACCCGCGGCAAGCUGACCCGCCUUCGCAAGGCAGAGUUGUCCAGCAUGUGCGAGGCGUGCGCCCUGGGACCCGGGACGGGGCUCAAGACCGUGGUCCUUGGCGCGCUCAUGGAGCUGCACGAGGCGCGUUUCGGGGGCGUGUGAGUCAGCCACGCCACGCCUCCCCCUGCAUAGUCGGGGUCAUAGACUGAUGUCGGUUGUCUUCCAUUAGGGCCGCGCCUUGGAUUGCCCCCGUGUGGCCGUUUUUUGGGAAGCAUUUUUCCUUCCCAUGGGUGCGUGUGUCCUGACUUGCCAUCUGUGUUCUGUCUCGUGGUGGCCCAUGCAUGGGUUGGAGGGGCGAUGCAGGCGACCUCGUGCCCAUGAUGCCCGCAGUUCUCCCUAUAUCGGUUGCAGCCAGCGCUCCCCGCGAGGGCUGGUAAGUAAUUAAGCGCUGCCGCACGCGCCGGCGCAGGUUGCGCUGUCUGUGAUGCGUUGGGGCGCUGAAUUGGUACAGUCGGGGCGUUGACCUAAGGAACCCUAAAUAGGGAGCGAGGCCCC